ACCCUCUCUGCCGGCGCCUGCGCAGCCCGAGAUGUUCGUCUCCCGCCUGGCGGCCAGCGGGCUGCUGCUCCUGGCCCUGCUGGCGCUCUCGCUCGACGGGAAGCCGGUGCACCAGUCGAAGCCGGGGCGGCCGCCGCCGAUAUCGCCGCUCUCGGUGCAGCAGUGGAUGCCGGGGGUCCGGCCGCCUCAUCACAUACCGCCGCUCUUGGUGCAGCAGUGGGCGCAGGGGAGCCCGCGUUCCGAGAUCCCGCCGGUGGGGGUGCCCCAGGGGCCGCCGCGUCCUAAGGUCCCGCCGGUGGGGGUGCAGCCCCACGAGAGUCCGGCGGGCGGCACGACGGCCUUCCGAGAGGAGCUGAGCCUGGGGCCAGAAGCGGCGUCGGCCCGCUGCACCCCAGAGGCUGCCGAAGAGCAAAGGGGCGUCGGCGACCUCGGCGGCGUCGCGGCCGAUGCGAGACUUGCGCACCGACGGCAAGCCGGAGCGGCAAAAGUGGGGCCGGAUGGUGCAACCCGACCACCACCACCACCACCACCACGUAGCAGCCGGCGCGGCGGCGGCGGCGGAGGCGGAGGAGCGCGUCGUCUGAAGGGGCUGGGCAAGAAAGCGGUGGGCGAAGGCUGCUUCGGCCUCAAGCUCGACCGCAUCGGCUCCACGAGCGGCCUGGGCUGCUGAAACCGUCGAGGGCGGCGCGAAGGCGACACCUGGCGGCGGUCUUUGAAGGGACACCCCACCCCAUCCGCGGACAUUUCUGGACAUCCCCUGCAAUUCAUCCAGGGACCCCAGGCCCACACAGCCUGUCUCCUGUUGGUACGAGCACUUGAAGCAGAACCAGCCUUUUUUGAGUGGGAGGGUUCUGGGUAGGGUUGGACUGAGUUUUGCGCCCCCAAAUCUUCCUGUCUUACCUAAUAUAUACAUAGAUGCCAUAUAUAUAUAUAUCAAUAGAUACAAACACACCCAACACAAAAACACACCCGCCCACAACUUCUUCCCCGCGACAAAGGACCGUUUCGGGAGACGGAGAGAACCAGCUGCGUAUGCCAUCCAGAUUGCUGUUUGUACAUUCGUGUCACGCAUAAAUGUAUUUAAGUUGUAAAGGCUAUUUAUAUAUUGUUUAUAAAGAGAUAUUUAUAAAAAAAAUUUUAUUUAUGUAAACUAAACGAAAAGGGGUCGAGCAUUGUAAACUUUUUUUUCCCCCCCUUCUCAUCCUGAAUAGUCGGAAGGAAAGAAAAAAAAUUCAUGGACGAUUUGGUAACCUGUCUUGCGUUUUAAUCGGACGCAGACUUUCUUUCUUUCCAAAAUGGGUGGUUUGAACAAGGCUUUUAGAUACCACGGAUAAGAGUAAAAAAUGCAUUUGUAAAGAAAUCGCACGCUAUCUACCAAAGGUGUAAAAGAACCCGACGCGCCGUUUUUGUCGUUUUUAGCAGAAAUAAAGAACCACUUUUCAAAAUGGUCCUCAGAAUUAAA